AUGGCCUGCAUAGCUGCAGCUGUGGCGCAAAGUUCGACAACUGAACCAAGGGCAAACGUUUGCAUUGACGAUGAUGCAGAUGAGGAAGUGUGCAUCCAGCCGUCCAGCACCAACAAUACUCGACCUUCGAAACGCCGCAAAGGCGCCGCUGUGACGCUUGUGGAGUCCGAUUCUGACAGCUCCAGCUCAGUUUCAUCUCGCAGCCGGACUCUGAAGCGUCGCGGUGGUGCCGCGGCGGCUGCUGCACUGCUGUCGCAGUCAGCCCCGGUGGAUGUGGACGAGGCUUCCCGGCUUGUAUCGCGCACGCUUUCAUUUCCGACGAGCUUUGCCGGACCCUUGCAGCACGAGGGUGGCCUCGUGGCUGUCAUGGCUGAAUCUGGUGCCAACAUCAGUGUGCAGCAGGGGGCGAGCCCGACAGACACGGCCGUCUGUGUGGAAGGUACCAGCGAAGCCGUUGGCAAAGCUGCCGUGCAGAUCCAGCAGAUGUUUGACGACUUCACGGAGGCUGAGAAAAAGGCAAAACUGCUGGCUGACAGCGAGCACAUGGAUCAGGUGGAAAUCCCGCAGAAGGUGCUGAGCGCCGCGGUCGGCCCCAACGGUUCGGACUUGCCAAAGGUGCGCGAGCGCUGCGGCGGCGUCAUGAUCGCGCUCAUGCCGCCUUCCGAGGGUGGCCACCUUACCGCCUUCAUUGGACCUGGGACGGCGGAGCAGGUCAAGCAAGCAAAGGAAGAACUCCUCGGCCGUGUGCAGCGUGCUGAGGCUGGAGAG